UGCACAAAUGCAUGAACCCAACCGUCCAGACCCCCUAUAUAAACCUCCAUCACCACCACCACCACACUCCACACUCACACAAUCAAAACCAUCACAAUGCCUUCUCAACCCCUCAUUCAAAUCAUCUCCAAAUCCACCAUCUUCCCCGCCGCUAAAUCAACCACACCCGACCUCAAACUCUCCGUCUCCGACCUCCCCAUGCUCUCCUGCCACUACAUUCAAAAAGGAAACCUCUUCACCCGCCCUCCACUCAAUUUUUUAUUUAACCUUAAAACCGCUCUCUCACAUCUUCUCACUCAUUUUCCUCCACUAGCGGGCCGUCUGGUUACUUUUCCAGACGGCCACGUCUACAUCUCAUGUAAUGACUCUGGAGUCGAAUUUGUCCACGCUGAUGCCCCACAUCUGUCAAUUAAUGACGUCACUGGUUCCACUCGUGUUCCGGACUCUGUCAAAAGUUUUUUCACUUUUGACAGAACCGUGAGUUACGAGGGUCAUUUCAAGCCAAUCAUGGGCGUUCAAGUGACCGAGCUAAACGAUGGCGUUUUUAUCGGUUUUUCCGUUAAUCAUGCGGUCGUUGACGGCACUUCGUUGUGGAAUUUUAUUAAUGCGUUUGCUGAGCUUUGUAGAGGAGCGAAUUGUGUAUCGAAACGCCCGUGUUUUGUUCGUGAUUCGGUAUUGAUUUCCUCGGCGCGUCUGAAAGUCCCCGCGGGUGGACCGAAAGUGACGUUUGACGAACACGCGCCGCUGAGUGAGAGGAUUUUUAGUUUUAGUAGAGAAGCUGUUUUGAAAUUGAAAGAGAGGGUGAAUGUGAAUCAUCGGAAACGGGUGAGUUUUUACAGUGACGGUGAAAUUAACGUCGUUAAGUUAAUUGGGAAGCAAAUGAAUAACGAGAAGGUCACGGCGUUAAUUGAUGAUUUGUUACGAAACGCUGUCGUUUUGAAAACGGAUCCGGAACCGGAAAUUUCCUCGUUUCAGUCGCUAUGCGCGUUGCUAUGGCGUGCGGUGACACGUGCGCGGAAGUUUCCGAGUUCGAAAACGACAACGUUUCGAAUGGCAGUGAAUUGCCGGCACCGGUUGAAACCCGAGCUCGAAACGUUUUACUUCGGGAACGCGAUACAAAGCAUUCCGACGCAUGCAACCGCAGGUGAUGUGUUGUCGAAUGAUUUGAAAUGGUGCGCUGAGCAGUUGAACAAGAAUGUGUUGUCGCACGACGACACGAUGGUGUGUCGUUUCGUGAGGAAUUGGGAGAGCGAUCCGCGGUGUUUUCCGUUGGGGAACUUUGACGGGGCAAUGCUGACGAUGGGGAGUUCGCCGAGGUUUCCAAUGUUUGAUAAUGAUUUCGGGUGGGGAAAGCCGGUGGCGGUUAGAAGUGGGCGGGCGAAUAAGUUUGAUGGGAAGAUUUCGGCGUUUCCGGGGAGGGAAGGUGGUGGUAGUGUGGAUUUGGAGGUGGUGUUGUCGCCGGAGACGAUGGCGGGUAUUGAAUCCGACCCGGAGUUCAUGCAAUAUGUUUCGGGUAGUUGUUGACGAUUGGUCAGUUUGUGAAGUUGAAGAUGUUGGAUAACACUUUGCAUUUUAAAAUGAUGAGGUUUAGAUAUCGCGGUGGACAAAAUUUAUGUAGUUUAGUAUUAGAUUUGUAGUGUUUGUCGUUCUAAGAAAAGCUUGUGAAGUACAAUUUUUAUUGUUCUCUUAUGUAAUUUAGUAACUUCUAAUGACGAAGUCUAAUUUCCUAAACUUAA